CGGUUGCAUCCUAGCUCUACGGGCUAGACUAUCCGCCAUAGUGUUAAACGUUCGUGGAACAUGGAUAAUUUCUGAUCGUGUGAAACUCUCUGUCAUGGUCAUGUAAUCUUCCAAAUAAUAUGCAAAACUUGGCCAUUCUUCUGAUUCUGAAACCAUCUUCACCAAUUGAGAAUAAUCUGUUGCAAAUGUAACCUGAAAUUGAUGUAGGUUUUUCAUACAUUCCAUUGCCCAGAGUAGCGCUUCCAUCUCCGCAUGAAGAGGAGAGAGGCUAGCCCAAACAUUCCUCGCCCCCCAAUAAACCAUCAAAACCUGCUAGCAUACUAAGUCAUCCUUGCCCGGAAAAGAUAUCACCAUCUUUCCAAGAACCAUCUGUAAAACACCAUCUACCCGGAAUUGUCGGCAAAGACGUAACCACAGUUCGUGGUUCUGUUCGCUGCUCGUUUAAAACCUGAGCCUCCGCCCAGAGUGUAGAUUCUGUUUCUGCCAACUUGAGCGUAUCCAUGGGGUUAAUAUCCAAAUUACUAAAAACUUUGUUAUUACGGCCUUUCCAUAUGUACCAUAGAAUUCAGGCGAACUGGUGAUCCUCCAUUUGUGGUAGAACUCUCCAGAAGAGAUGAUCUAUAUUUGUGAAAAGAGACUUAGUUGGAAAAGCAUUUGGGUUCGAUGGUAUCUUCGAAAGAACCCAAACCUGAAUCGCUGGAGGACAUUCGAAAAAAACAUGAUUUAUCGAUUCCUUGUCAGCUCCACACCUGGCACAGAAGAUAUCUCCUUGAAUCCCUCUCCCUUGUAAUUUUUUCUUAACUGCUAUACAUCCUGCUACGAGUUGCCAGAGGAAAUGUUUUAACUUUGGUGGACACUGUAUUUUCCAGCAAAACGCUUUCAAUACGUCAACUGUGGGACCAAUCAGAGGGGGUGGUUGUGCCCUAUCUGGGUAAAUCUUCUCUACCUGAUAUUCUGAUUUGAAAAGAAAAUUAAAACAAAAUAAUCAACGAAGAGGACGAUAAAUAUGAUAUACCUUGAUGACGACGAGAAUAAGAUACAAUGAAACUGAGAGAGAUCUUUGAUGGUGGAGUUGAGGGAGAUCGUCGAUGGUGAAACUGAGGGAGAUCGUGGACGACGGAGCUGAGAGAGAUCGUCGAAACUGACUUUUGACGGAGUUGAGAGAGAUCGUCGUAAAGCUAAGGAAAGACAAUGACAGAGCUGAUAGAUGAUGGCGGCUGAUCUAGGAGACGAUGAAGGAGAAUGACGCUGAAGCUAAUAACGGUGAGAUGAAGGAGUUGAAGACAACGGCGAUUGAAUAAUUGUCGAUUCAUUUUUUUUUUAAAUGUAAUUGAGGAAUUAAUGAAAAGGAUAAAAAGGUAAUUGGUCAUCUUAAAUGAAACAUUUUUGUGACAUUGAGUCUUAAGGUCUAGAUUGGAAAGAAAAAAUUGGUAUAGGGUUAUCUAAGGCAAUUUCUCAAUAUUUAACCAGUUUAACAUUAAUAUUUUAAUAAAAUUUGGGGUUUCUAUAAAUAAAAUCUUUUAAGUAGCCAUUAUGUCUAUUUAAAAUAAAUUUAUAAAUUUCUUAAUUUUUUUAAUAAUAAAAUUGAGAUUAGCAUUAUACUAUUGUUACUUGUAUCUAUAUUAUUAAAGCAUAAACACUAUGUUGGACCUAACCUUCAUUUUGUAAUUUUUUAAAUUAAAUACACAUUUCUACUUAAUUGUUAAACCUACAUUAAAUCGCUAAUAUUCUUUUAUUUAUACUACUAUCCAUGUUUACAAACAAUAUAUUUUUUUCUUGGCCUGAGUAUCCGGGUCCUCGGGUCGGUUCGGAUCAGAUAUUAUCAGGUCUGGAUCCUUUGGGUCCUGGAAAUUUUGACCUAACUAGGUACUUAUAAUUUUUUGGGUCGAUUCCGGGUCGGGUCUUGUCGGGUCCACUUGUCUCAGACCCUUUAACACCUGGUUUUUUUUGGAUUUUAUGGUGUCUGUUUGGUUCCUGAUAUUUUGGAUCCAUUUUUUGGUAAAUAUCACGUAUUUAGGAUUGGUUCCUGUUAUUUCGGGUCGGUUUCAUGCAUUUUCGGGUCUAAAAUGUGAGUUUUGGAUCUAUUUUUACCCAUGAACCUGCAUAUCACCCGAACACAAAACCAUAGCCAUUUCAAAACUGAAAUAACCAUGACAAAAAACAAUUUGAAAACCUGCAGUACACCAGAUAUUCAAAUCAUACAGGUUCGAUAAGUCAUUAAGUUUACAAGGGGAAUUGUAAAAGGUGCAUCAGGUCGUAGAAUAAGUCAUUAAGUCUAAAAAAUGUCAGUUCCAAAAAUACUCCAUCGGGUCCCGGUUCAUUGCUCGACCCGAACCUGCUACCUACGGGUCUUCCAUCGCUAGACUUGAUAGGGUAAAAUUCUCGGUCGAACCUGUAUUUUUGAGUCAGUUUUGGGUCGGAUUUUUGGGUUCGGGUAAAAUGAUCAUGCCUACUUCUUUAUAUACUAAUAUCCAUGUUUCCAAAACAAUAGUAGAAUUAAUCUUGUGUCCAAAGAAUAUAAGAUAUUAGAACUCAUCUUUUUUAUAAUUCUUAACAAUUUUCUUUCAAAUGAUUUAGAUAAAUUAAAUAAUUAAAAAACUUCAAAUAAUUUAUAAAACAAAGAACAUAAAUAGAACUUAUUUUUGCAAGUUUAAAUACUACAAAACAUUUCAAUCAAUAAUAAAUCAAUUAAAUUAACAGAUUAUUUUAUUUACUAAAUAAUGGUUAUAUCCGCUUUUUAAGUAACAAAAUAAUUCAAAAAUAGCCAUUACAUUAAAAAAAUUAUAUAUAAACAUUAUACAUUGUACAAUAAAUAUAAUAACUAAAAUAAUUAUGAAAAUGUUCAAAAUAUAUGUUAUCUAAAGGAAAAUGCUUAACACUUUUCUAUUGGCUCACUUUUAUUUUAUUUUGGCAUUUAAUUAUAAAACGUAAUUAUAUUAUUCUAUUAUCUAUGUGAGGUACUCUUAGAGCAUCAUGGACAAUAAAGUUCUCAAAGUGUGUAUCUCUCAAUUAUUAUACUAACAUACAUUAAUUAUUUAUUUAUUUAAUUAAUAUUUGAUGAAUAAAAAAGAAUUGAACCAAUUAAAUGAAAACAAGUGUAGUAUUAGUACUAGAACAUGUUCUCUCUUCUCUCCUCUAUUAUUUAUUUUUAAUAUUAAUUUUGGUAAGAACAUAAUUGAGACAUUAUCUCUCUUUUUGGUCAAAGAUAAUUUAUCUCUCUAUUUUUCUGUAAUAGUUGCAAAGCAGUAUUUUUUAUAUAAAAUUCAAAUUAGUAUUAGUACAUGAAUACAAUAUUCGGCACAUGCAGUCGGGGUUAGUUCGUGUAUAGUUUAUACAUGAUUAAUUGACAUAUAUUAUACAUGUAUAAUGGAGACUGAAUAAUUAAAUCAAAGAUCUGUCUCCAUAAUCAAUAUACAUUAAACAAUACAUAUAAAUUAGAUUCUCACAUGUACUUAAAUUCUUUCUUGACAUUAUUCUCUCAUGUACUUAUUUUUUAAUAUUAACUUACAUUUAUGGAUCCGAAAGAUGAGAAUUCAAAUGACGAUCACAAAUUUGUUCGAACGAAAAUUCCCUAAAUCAAACAUUACAACAUUAGCUUCAUAUUUCCACCAAACUGAUACGUUCCGCUAGAGCAUUCCGAAAUCUUUAGAAAGUCAUUAAACUGUUCUCAACCGUCGAUGAUUACUAUUUAAAGUGUGAGGUUUACCUCGUUAUCUCAGAUGUACUUAUUAUCACUCAUAUAUUUAAUUAUGAGACUAAUUUAUACAAAAUUUCAGUCUUAAGCAUCUAUUAGAACUCAAUUACAUCCCUGAAUAUUUUGUGAUUGGUCUUGAUUUUCAAAAUAUUCUAUUUUUAAUCUUUUCAACGGUUUUGUAUUAUGUUUUUUAAAUGUGGAUGAUACACUUAAUUUUCCAAAAACAAAUUUCAACAUAAAAUAUAAAAUUAUUGUGUUAAAAAUAUUUUAUUUAAGAAUUUAAAAAUGUAUAUACUAUGACUUCUACAAUAUAAUUAUUUAUUUAGAAAAAAUGUAAAAAAAAUAAAUAUUCGCGCGGAUAACCUCUUUUUGAGUAAAAUGGAUUAACCUCUUGUUAUUCGUUCUAAAUGAAAGCUACAUCAUAAAAACGAAAGCUAAGUACUUUAGAAGGCUUUGAUGGGUUGUUAGGAGCAAGGAAUGUCCGAGCUUGUCUAUCCCCUCUACAUGCGGAGAUAGAAGCACUACUUUGGGCAAUGGAAUGUAUGAAAAAUUUACGCCAGUUUCAGGUUACAUUUGCAACGGAUUGUUCUCAGUUGGUGAAGAUGGUUUCAGAACCAGAAGAAUGGCCCGCAUUUGCAAGUUAUUUGGAAGAUAUUAAGUCCUGAAAGAGGUUUUCACACGUUCGGAGAUUAUCUAUGUACCAAGGACGCAAAAUUCAAGAGCGGAUAGCCUAGCACGCAGUACCAGGAAACAACCGUCGUUUGUCGUUCACAUGGAUCAAAAUCUACCGGAGUGGUUCACAGAGUCAGUAUGAGUCUGUACUUGAUGACAAAAAAAAAAAAAAAAAAACGAAAGCUACAUCAUAAAGACGAAAAAUCCCAUUGACAAAAACAGUAAAACACUUGUUCGUUUAUGUUUUGAUAUACCAUAAACGAGCAAGUGACGGCACUAUUUAAUAUCCACAUUAUUUGCCAAAUUAUUAUUCUUUGAUUUUAUAUCAUUUCACUAUUUAUUAUUUUUUGGCAUUUUUGCCAACUAAUCCAUUAUUUAUUUAGGAUGUCAGUAGUCACGGACUCACGAAUCCUUUUCGUAUAGUUUCUUACUAAUUAAAGAGACACGAUUCUUGUUUCUUCUUUACUUAUCUAAUUUUAAUUUAAAAUUUUCAUAUUAAAAAUAAUUAGUGGGUUUUCUAUUCCCUUUAAAUAAGAGAAAUAGAGAGCUCCCAGUGAUCAUACGAAACAAAAACUGAACUUCAGAUAUGUUUUAAGCUCCGGAGAGAAGAUAACAGAAAGUUUAACUCGUAAGUUCACAAUUUCAUACGUUUAGUAGAUAUACCAGUUUCUACAUCUAUCUAUAUUAUUAAAACUAAUAUAUCUUUUGGUACGAAUAUCAAUAUAAAUAAAAAUUAUUAUUAUUUUUUUUUUUUUACAGCAAAAGAACAUCUACAGACUCAUAUUGACUCUGUAAACCAAUUUGGUAACUCCGCAUCCAUGUGAACGACGAAAGACGGUUGAUAAAUAACAAUUAUUUAGAAACAUGAAUAUCAAUAUAAAAAGAAGAAAUAAUAUCUUGUCUUUUUAAUAAUUUCAUUAAUAUAAUUAUAUUAAUUGUAUUUCCAUAUUUUAUUCAGUUUAACUAUUUCCUUAAUUAUAUUAUUUUAACAAUAAAUCACAUCAUUAAUUAUAUUAUCAUAAUAAUAAUGUAGAUUUUUAUUUAUUCGUUAAUCAAUAUUAACUUUGUGCAAUUAUAAAAUCAAAAAUAGAAAAUAACUGGGUAUUGCAUAUGAUUAAACAUUCAGUUUAGUUUGUUUUAUUAAAUUUUUUUUUUUAGUUUUAGUUUCAAUCGAUUGAAAAUUACGUAACCAAAAAUAUAAUUCAAAGACAUGUUUUGUGAAUAAAAUAAUAACUUAAUUCAAAAUAAUAAAAAUAUAUUACAUUUCUUAUCACUUAAUUUUUCAAUCCAUAUAAUUAUUUUACUAAAUAAAAAAUCUUUCUAUUUCACUUAAUUUAGCCAAACACAUAGAGUUUUUUUUUUGUUAGUUUAUAAAACCAGUUAGUGAUGAACAUUGGCUAUCUAUUUAGGUAAGGGUAUUCUUUUCAUGUAUCGUUUUUUUGUUAAAAUUAGACACCGUUUGAAUAUUAUAAAUUUAUGUGUAGAUUUUAAGUUGGAUUUUUCUGGGCAUGGAUGAAUUCGGUUCUAAUGUAUAAGAACCUAAAAAUAUCUAAAUAAUAAAUGUAUCUGAAACGGAUUCGGAUAUUUGUACCAGAAAUAACCAUAUUACCUUAUUCGGUCUAAGUCUUUUUGAAUACAAUUAGUUAUAUUACGACUCAUAUAAAAUAUAUAACACUAAUUAUGAAAAACAAAUAUCAAUGUAUAAAAAUCUAAGAACCAACACAUGUGCGGAUCAGUUCUUUUUAUUGUUCAUGAUCUUUACAAUACUUUAUUGUUCACUUAAAAUUUAAAAUUGAAUCCAUAUUUCCUAUGCAUGUUACUUUUUUUUUUGUUUGAAUGAAUAUUAAAUUAAUAAAUUUAUUCGAUUUAGAACCUUUUUACAAUGAAAUGCAGCGUGAAAUCAAUCUUCUAAUGGGCUAAACACAUAAAUCACAUGUAUGUAUAUUAUCCACCUGUUUGACAAGCAAACCAUACGGACAUUGCUGUAUCGUAUCCCUUCGAUGAGUUUCUAUUGCGUAUCAGCUUGUCUAUCAUGUGUUGAAGUCAACUAUGCAUGUUACUUUAUAAACUAUAUAUAUUUAUCUAUUUUCAAAAUAAAGAUAUUUAUGAUUAUUUUCUAAAAAGAUGUUUAUGAUUUAAUCAGGGUUCCCACAUGCACAGUGAUUCUUCGCGGUUAGCUUGAUCAUCUCCAAUAAAUCACCGUUAACUGUCGGAAAAGAAGACGCCCUUAACUUCGCUGUCAAGAUGCCACGUGUUGCAGCGGAAUCCCAAGAAAUCUCUCUCGACGGCGGCUGUGAGUCACCAACGCUCGGCGAACUGCUAAAAGAUCUCGAAGACGGUCACCGGAAGAAAGACUCCGGCGAAGAUGCUUCGGUUCAUCACGUAUUGGAUCUCGCUUCCCCUGAAACAAGACCCGUGCCGUUUCUCUUAUCCUUCAACAAUCUCUGUUUCGAUGUCAAGGGAAAGGCCGCUUCAGUCAAAACUCUACUCAACGAUGUUUCCGGCGAGGUUUGCGACGGCGAUAUCCUUGCCGUUCUCGGUGCAAGCGGAGCCGGUAAGUCCACGUUGAUCGACGCACUGGCGGGACGUGUGAGUAGCUUGAGAGGCACGGUAACUCUAAACGGAGAGAAACUUUUGAAAAGUCAACUCCUAAAAGUGAUAUCAGCAUACGUCAUGCAAGACGAUCUCUUGUUUCCGAUGCUCACCGUCAAAGAAACACUAAUGUUCGCUUCAGAGUUUCGUCUCCCAAGAAGCUUGUCCAAGUCCAAGAAAAUGGCGCGGGUUGAAGCCCUAAUAAACCAGCUAGGGCUCAGAAACGCGGCGGAUACAAUAAUAGGAAACGAAGGACACCGUGGAGUGUCCGGGGGAGAGCGGCGGCGCGUGUCGAUCGGCAUCGACAUCAUCCACGAUCCUAUUGUCUUGUUCCUCGACGAACCUACUUCGGGGUUGGACUCCACCAACGCCUUUAUGGUGGUGCAAGUUCUUAAACGUAUCGCUCGUAGUGGCAGUAUGGUAAUUAUGUCGAUACAUCAACCUAGCGCUCGUAUCAUAGACUUGCUUGACCGUCUUAUCAUCUUAUCUCGCGGCAAGAGUGUGUUCAGUGGAUCUCCGACAAGUCUUCCUCAGUUCUUGUCUGAUUUCGGACAUCCAGUCCCGGGGAAAGAGAACAUCACAGAGUUUGCACUUGACCUAGUCCGAGAACUAGAAGGAUCGACCAAAGGAACCGAAGAGUUAGUAGAGUUCAACGAGAAGUGGCAACAGAACCAAUCUCCUCGAGCCACGCCAAUGACCACUCCUUACAAAGCAUUGUCUCUAAAAGAAUCCAUCACUACAAGUGUUUCCAGAGGCAAACUAGUCUCCGGCUCGACCAGCUCCAACCCCAUCUCAAUGGAGACAGUAUCAUACGCAAACACGCCAUUGGUCGAGACAUAUAUAUUAUCCAAACGUUACAUGAAAAACUGGUCCCGCACCCCCGAGCUCAUUAUAACACGGCUCGCUACGGUCCUGGUGACUGGUCUUAUCUUAGCUACUAUAUAUUGGAGGCUGGACAACACUCCACGAGGUGCACAAGAGAGAAUCGCGUUCUUUUCAUUCGCCAUGUCCACAAUGUUCUACACCUGUGCAGACAACCUCCCUGUCUUUAUCCAUGAACGUUACAUUUUCUUGAGAGAGACAACUCACAAUGCAUACAGGACAUACUCAUACGUUAUCUCUCACGUUCUCGUGUCUCUGCCUCAGCUACUCGCUCUCUCCAUUGCAUUUGCUGUUACCACGUUCUGGACAGUUGGUUUAAGCGGUGGACUAGAGAGCUUCUUGUAUUACUGUCUCAUUAUCUACGCAGCCUUUUGGUCUGGUUCCUCUUUCGUCACCUUCAUAUCCGGUCUUAUUCCGAAUGUCAUGAUAAGUUUCAUGGUCACUAUUUCCUAUCUUUCGUACUGUCUACUGAUGGGUGGAUUCUUCAUUAACCGUGAUCGGAUACCGGGUUACUGGAUAUGGUUUCAUUACAUCUCAUUGAUGAAGUAUCCUUAUGAAGCUGUCUUGAUCAAUGAGUUUGAUGACCCAUCUCGAUGUUUUGUAAGAGGAGUUCAAGUAUUUGAUGGUACGCUUUUCGCCAAAGUGCCUGAUGCGAUAAAGGUUAAGAUGUUUGAUACACUGGGUAACUCUUUAGGAACGAAGAUAAAGGAGUCCACAUGCUUGAGAACAGGGCCUGACUUGCUUUUGCAGCAAGGUAUAUCUCAGUUGAGCAAAUGGGAUUGCUUGUGGAUUACGUUUGCUUGGGGUAUCUUCUUUAGGAUCUUGUUUUACUUGUCCUUGUUGUUUGGAAACAAGAAUAAGAGGACGUGAAGGAAUUCCACAAACAUCUAUUGGCCUCAAUGUUGUUCUCUAGCUACCCUUAAUAUACAUAUUUAAGCGAAGCUUGACGUUUCCAAGUCUUGUGACUCUUGUCCUUCUUGUUGUUUUUGUAAUCAAAUUGUUACGUUUUUAGUUGUUUCUUCUUUUGUAUCCUUUUGGGAAUAUUAUCAAACUUAUAGUUCUCUUUCAGUUUCAGUUAUCACAAUUACUGGAGAGUUGGCCAUAUAUAAACUAAAAAUUAUAACUCACAUAAUUAAAUUCCCAAAUUUUAGCGGGUAUCAUAUGGUGUCUAUACAUUUUAAUGUCUCUACGUCUAAACCUACGUCUAAUAUGCGGAGAUUAGUGAAUGGAUUUUGUACUUUUGUUGGCUUUUCCCUGAUCAUUUCUUAGAAAUCCAAUAAUCAUAUUAAUGUAAUAGCCAUCUCUUCAGUUGAAGAUGAAUAUUGCUCCAUGCCUUUUGAAGGGGUGGGCACGAGGCAAGUACUUGCCGAUUCUUGGUUACUUGCUACUUGACUUGCCUUGUCCGAGUAAUUUUUUUACGAUUCGAUAUUUGGCUUGCUUGAAACAAGUACUUGUUUUAUCAAGUACUUGAAAAAAAAUUGAUACUUGCAAGUAAUUUGCCUUGCCUUUGUUACUUGUUAAACCAAGUAAUUGUGUCUUGAUUACAUACAAAAAGAUAUAUAUUCUUAUUUUUUAACAUUCAUAAUUCACAUGAAUUUUCAAAAAAAAUAGACAAAAAUGAAAAUAAGCGUUCAAAAUAUUGAAAGACCAUAUGAAACUCAAUGCUCCUCCAUUUUGUUCCUCCAUUUUAUUUCGAUGCUCCAAUUUUUUUUGCAAUUAACAAGUAUUAUUUAGCAAGUAACAAGUAUUUUAUAGAACAAGUAACAAAUAAUGAGUAACGAGGCAAGUACCAAAAAAUAAAACGAUACUUGAUACUUGCCUUGCAAGAACACGUAGUAAAAUUUGUUGACUUGUUACUUGCCUUGCUAACGGCAAGUACUCGGCCUUUCAAGGCAAAUACGGGUCAAGUCACGAGUAUAAGGAGAGUAUCGAGUAAUGAUGCCCAGCCCUACUUUGAUGUUAAAAGGAAUGAUGUGGUUAGCUAUCUUCUCCAUGAUAUUUGGAUUGGCACUUAGCCCUCUUCUUUCUAUUGUGAUAACAUGGGUGCUCCAUAUUGCCAAUACUCCGGUCUUACACGAACAACUACCAACAUGUAGAACUAGAUAGAUAGUCAUAGCGUUCGUGAGAAGAUUCAAAUGGGUCGAUCAGAACGCUUCAUGUUUGAACAUGUAUAAAUUGGCUGACAUAUUCACUAAAGCAGUUUUCCCUACUCAAUUUGAAUUUCUUCUAGUAAGAUAUAUAUUUUCUCCAUCUUGAAGGGAAUAUUACAUUUGUAUAUCGUGAUUUAGAUGGAAAUGUCUAGACAAUCCAGUUUGUCCAGUUACUUUCUUAACUUUACAAGACCAUAUUUUGGCAUCAAUCAAUGUAACAGAAAUUCUAUACAAUAGUUACUCUCUUAACUUAGUCAUCUGCCAUUGACGAGAAAGUUUGAUACUGAUUUUGUUCAUCGUUCUUCUCUUCUUAUAGAUUACUAAAAUAUUAUAAAACAAGAUAUGACCCCGUUGUGUUGCAACCGGUUUUUGUUUGAUAUUUUAAUUUAAUAAAAAUCAUAAAUUAGUAAAUCAUUUUAUUAUAGUAUUAUAACUGUUUUUUUUUUCAUAUGUUGUUUGAGAUUUAUUUUAUAAUUAAAAUAUUUUCACACAUAAGUUCAAGUUAAUAUUUAUAUUUUAUAAUCAUGGUCUAUAGAUGAGUUUUUAUAAAAUUUAUACUAAGGAUUAGAAAAAAUACUAUACAUAAACAUUUAAACUGAACACAAUCCAAAAUAAGAAAUCAAAAGUAAAAACGAAAUGAAAGUUAAACACCAAUCGAAUCAAUGACAACAUUAUACAUGUUCUUAUGUAUUAAUUUAAUGUUUUAUUAAAUAAGUUUUUAAAAUUUCAUUUUGCUAGGAUUUUUGAAAAAAAAGAAACAUUCUAUUUUAUAAAUCUCCUUUUUAUUUACAAUUAAAAAAUAAAAAAAUAUUAAAUACUUUUUUUCAAUUUUGUUUAAGAUUUUAGAAAGGUAAAUUACUGUCAUAUAACCUAUUACAAUUAUCUUCUAUUUAGAAUUUCAUAAGAAAAAAAUAUAUUUCUAUCAACUAAUUAUUUUUAGUUUUUAAUAAAUAUUUUUAAAAUUGCUAUUUUUACAAUUCGUAUCAAUACUAAUUUUACACUUCUCUUGUUAACUAAAUAAUUUUUAGUAUCAUGUUCAUCAUCAAACACUCUCUUAAAAAUAAUAUCAAAUAAAGUUUUACAACUCUUUUUUGGUUAGGACUUAAAAAUAUUAUACAAAUUUCUUUUGUUUAGGAUUUUUUUUAUAAGUAAGGUAAACAACUAUCAAUAUUCUUUUACAGCUUUGUAAGAUUUAAAAAAAGGAAAUUAAUAUUACAUAAUAUUUUAUUAUUAUAUUUUUUUCUAGGAUUUAAAAAAACAAAUUCUAUCAAAUAACUAUUUCAAGUUAAUAUUAACUAUUGUUAAUAGUUGCAAUUUUCAAAAUUCGUUUUUUUUUCAAUAUCAUUAAUAUUUUUACAAAUUUUCUUGUAAAUUGAAUAGUUGUUACUACUAUCAUGUUUAUCAUUAAAUCUUUGAAGUAAAAAUUACUAUUAAAUAAAAUUUAACAAUUGAUUAAGAGUAGAAAAGAAUUUUCUUUUAGAAAUUUCUUUUAUUUAAGAUUUUAGGAAAAGAAGAAGUUAUUUUCACAUAAUGAAAGUUUUAUUGACACAUUCACAAUCUAAUAUUUUUAAUUGACACCUAUCAGAAUCAUAUUUGGUGAAAUAUUUGAAGUUAAUUUAGGUUUAUAUUUGUUAACACAAAAUUAUUAAAAACUAAAGUUAGUUAAUUAUAAGAAAAAUAAGAUUACAUUCACGUUUUUAUUUUACUUAGAUUUUAAAAAGAAAAUUAAUUAUUUUAUUUUUUUUAGAUUUUAUACAACUAUUUUAUUUUUAAUAUAAAAAUUAUGUUUAAUUAUUUAUAUAUUUUGUCUUAUACAUACAAACACAUAUUUAUCAUAUGCACACAUACCUAUGUACGACAAUAACAAUAAAAUUUAAAGUUAUGAUAGCAUCAUAAGAUGUAAUAAGGAUAAUAAUAAGUUGAGUUGUAUCAAAAAAUUAAAAGAAAAUACUCAGGUAAUACUUUUCAUGUAAAUACUAUUGUAUUUUGUAAAAAUUAUAUGUGGAAGCUUAAACCUAAAUAUAGAUGUAAAAUAUUUGUAGUUAUUUUUUGUCAUAAUUGUUUAACAUAAAACAAUCUAUUAAAAAGGAAAGUUAUUUACUUAUAAGAAAAUAAUAAGAGUAUUUUUACAA